AUGGGUUUAUUCAAAAUCGCAAGUUUCUUCUUCUUCUUCGUUUUUCUGAUUCAAUCCCACAUCGACAUUGUCAAAUCCCAAGAGAUUGACAAGCUCAAUCCAGGCUUCAAAGCUUCUGCAUCAGAAUUAAACCACACAAAUGGAGUUUUUCUGUUGUCCAAAGCCUCCAUUUUUGCUCUCGGCUUCUACACCGGUGCCAACGACGGCACAUUCUCACUCGGAAUUACUCACAUUCUCAGUUCCAGAGUGAUCUGGACGGCGAACAGAGAUUUUCCGGUCAACGACUCUGCUCUGUUCGUGUUUGAUGAAACAGGGGAUGCUUAUUUGGAUCAAUUUGGCCCGAAUUCGGCUCCAAUUUGGUCGACUGAGACGGCCCGACACGGCGUUGUUUCAAUGCAGCUUUUGGAUUCUGGAAAUUUGGUUUUGAGAAGCAAAAAUGGAAGCUUCGUUUGGCAGAGCUUCCAUUUUCCCACCAAUACUCUUUUGCCCGGCCAGGUUUUCUGGGAAGGAAUGAAGCUUGAAAGUUACUCAAAUGACAAUAAUCUCUCGAGUUUUUUGGAAUUUAAACAAGGAGAUUUGGUUCUGUCUGCGGGUUAUCAGAAUCCUCAAGUCUAUUGGGCUCUGUCGAAUGAUGGCCGGAAAAUAAAGCGAGCCGCCGCCGGUUCUGGCAGCGGAAACGGCGGAGAUGGGUAUGUUCUGUUUGCCAUUAUGGAGUCAAAUUCUUGGAAUUUCUUCGGCAAGAAUGGGGAGUUGUUAUGGGGAUUCAAAUUUUUCUGGCAAUCGAAUUGGAAAGACAGAUGGGUCUCUGUUUUAAACACCGAUGGAUCGAUUGCUUUUCACAAUUUGGAGAGCGGAAAAUCAGCUCCGCCGGAGCCCAUUCGAAUUCCGGCUGAAAGUUGCGGCGUUCCGGAGCCUUGUGAUCCUCUUUUCAUCUGUUACUUCGACAACCGAUGCCAGUGUGCUUCCACGAUUCUCGACGAUAAAUUCAACUGUAAAUUCCCUUCAAUCUCUUGCAAUGGCAGAUCCAAUGCCACCGAGCUUCUGUAUUUGGGGAAAAACCUUGAUUAUUUCGCUCUCCGUUUCUCCAUUCCUGCGCUGAACUCCGAUUUGAACAAUUGCAAAGCAGCCUGCGCCAGUAAUUGCUCUUGCAAUGUGAUGUUCUUCGAACCAAAUUCAGGGGAUUGCUUCUUCUUCGACGAGAUCGGAAGUUUACAGCGAUCCGACGAGGGCUCCAAUGGGUACAUUUCGUAUAUGAAAAUAGAGCUCCCCAUCAACAGCAACAAUAACGAAACAACGCCUACGCCAACUCCAAACAGAAGAAAGCACAUCGUUCUCAUGAGUAUUCUUAUAGCUGCAAUGGCUCUGUCUUUCAUGGGGUUGCUCUGUUUUUUGUUUUACCGGCGGAAAGUGAAGGAAUUGUUAAGCUCCAUUGAAGAUGCAACAGAGGAAGACAAGUUUCUCGAGGAGGUUUCCAGCGGGCCGAUGCGAUUCAGCUACCGACAGCUCCGGCGAGCGACAAGGAAUUUCUCGACGAAGAUCGGGCACGGGGGUUUCGGGUCGGUUUAUUUGGGGGAGCUCGGAGAUGGGACGAGAUUGGCAGUGAAGAAACUGGAGAAAAUUGGGCAAGGAGGGAGAGAAUUCAGAGCAGAGGUGAGUUUGAUCGGCGGGAUCCACCAUGUGAAUCUGGUGAAGCUCAAAGGGUUCUGUUCUGAAAAUCUUCACAGGCUUCUGGUUUACGAGUAUAUGAGCAAUGGAUCAUUGGAUAAGUGGAUUUUUAAUGGGAAAGAAGAUGGGUUUUUGGAUUGGGAAACAAGAUUCAACAUUGCAUUGGGUACGGCGAGGGCUUUGGCGUAUCUUCACCAAGAAUGCGAAUCAAAGAUAAUCCAUUGCGAUAUAAAGCCCGAAAACGUCCUCCUCGACGACAAUUUCACGCCAAAGCUCUCCGAUUUCGGCAUGGCGAAACUUGUUAACAGAGAACAGAGCAAUAUCUUCACUCAGCUUCGAGGAACUAGAGGCUACAUGGCGCCGGAGUGGAUCACGAACCUCGCCAUAUCCGAUAAGAGCGAUGUCUACAGCUAUGGCAUGGUUCUUCUCGAGAUUGUUGCCAACAGGAAGUGCUACGACGCCGAUCAGUCUCCGGAGAGCGCGCAUUUACCGUCGUAUGCGGCGAGGAUGGUGGCGGAGAAGAAGGGUAGGUGGGUGUUGGACCCGAGAGUGGCAGCGACGGUGACGGAGGAGGACUGGCGAGUCGAGGCGGUGGUGGAGGUGGCGGUAUGGUGCGUUCAGGAGGAGGCGAGUUUCCGGCCGCCAAUGAGGAAGGUGGUGCAGAUGCUGGAAGGGGUUUGUCCGGUGCCGAGGCCGCCGAGUGCGGCGGAGAUGGGGCGGAGUUUUUCCUGGAGUAGUGGUGGAGGAGGGACGGUAAUGUCGUUGGGAUUAAAUGGGUGUUUUAGUGAAGUGAGAUUGUCCGAUGUUCGAUUGUCGGGACCCAGAUGA